CACAUACCUAAGAGAUCGUUCCUCAUACCCCCGUUCAUAAGCUCUUUCGCUACUCACACCUUGCGUCGUUGACUACGCACGCGUUCCUGUCCGUUCCAGCUGGAAGUACUUCCGGCGUCCGCUAUCUCCGGCGCGCCACACCAAAUCGAUACGAUUUCGCAUGCUGUCGUCAUAACUAUGUUUGAUAUACAGGUCGAAGACACGCACGACGUGGAAGAGGCGCAAACACCAAUACUUGAAAACAUGGUCAUCGGAGUACCGCCUGUGUUUGAGGGGUUGACGAAGCAGCUCGACAAGAUCGUCGAGCAGCCGCUACUAGGCCCGAAAGCUGACUUCCCCGCAGCAAGCUUUGCAUAUGCUCGGAAGAGUGAGACCGGGCGGCGAUUACCGCAGGCCAUAGCGCAUCGAGGAUUCAAAGCGAAGUUCCCAGAGAACACCAUGGGAGCGUUCAGAGGAGCUGUAGAGAUUGGCGCAAAUGCGGUCGAGACAGACGUCCACUUGACAAGAGACGGCGUUGUUGUCUUGUCGCACGACAAAGAUCUGAAGCGUUGCUUUGGACGAAAAGAGAAGCUCAUCGACUGCGACUACGAAUUUGUGAGCAAGUUGAAGACACUAAAAGAGCCACAUGAAUCGAUGCCGAGACUGGUUGAUCUAUUGGAAUAUUUGGCGCAACCGGGCUCAGAGGAAGUAUGGCUCCUGCUGGACAUCAAGCUCGACAACGACGCCAACGACGUGAUGCAACUGAUCAGCGAAUCGAUCCGAAGCGUACCUCCGUCGCCAUCGAAGCCAUGGCAGAGUCGCAUUGUGCUGGGUUGCUGGGCAGCGAAGUACCUACCCUUGUGUUCGCACUAUCUGCCCGGCUUCUCUGUCUCCCAUAUUGGCUUCUCGGUGCCUGUUGCAUCGUACUUCUUCACAGUGCCGAACGUGUCGUUCAACAUGAAUCAGGCUGUGCUGAUGCCGCCGUGGGGCAAAGCAUUCAUCCGGAAAGCGCAGCGUGACAGGCGGCCUGUAUAUGCCUGGACGGUGAACGAUGCUCGACGUAUGCGUUGGAACAUUCAGCAAGGUCUGGAUGGUGUCAUCACAGACGACCCAGAGCUUUUUCUGGAGGUGCGUCGAGGUUGGCACGAAGGAACGAAGCAUGGUCUGCGUAUUUGGGACUGGUUGGACAUCAUGAGAGUGAAUUUCUUCGCUCUCAUAUACUCGGUGCUGUUCCAGCUGGUGUUGGGAUUCGGGCAGAACAAGCGGUUAGUGACGGUGAAGCAGGCCGCAUAGUAGAGUCGCACAGCAACGCAAGUGCUGCAGCUGUUGACAAAUACGCUGUCAUUGCGCGUUUCUAAGUGCUGUUUGCAUAUAUAUGGCAGUGACAUCGAUGCUGAACUGAUACGGUAGCUGUGCUCGGGAGCUCUUGCCCUACCAAAUUUAGGCGGGCGCGUCCCUUGUCCCCGCACGCGUUAACACCCAACCAGCCCCACGCUCAUUCACAAC